AUGUCAUCCUCCUCUCAACAAGGACGCCCCUUGGCGGGGAAGGUGGCGCUGGUCACCGGCGCCGGCCGAGGCCUCGGACGGGGAAUCGCAGUCGAGCUGGGGCAGCGGGGAGCCUCGGUGGUGGUCAACUAUAACAGCGCCGAGGCCAGGGCCAAGGAGGUGGUUGCCGAAAUCGAGAAGGCAGGCAGUAGCGCCGUGGCCAUCAAAGCGGAUGUGAGCAAGGUGCCUGAAAUCAAACAACUCUUUCAGCAGACGAUUAAAAAGUUCGGCAAAAUCGAUAUUGUCGUAUCGAAUUCGGGCACGGAAAUGUUCAAGCCCGAGGACAAGGUCACGGAAGAAGACUACGACCGCGUCUUCAACCUCAAUACCCGAGCCCAAUUCUUCGUUGCCCAGCAGGCCUACGUGCAUCUCGAGAAGGGAGGCCGCAUCAUCCUCAUGUCCUCUGUCGCGGCAACCAUGGCGGGAAUCUCUGACCACGCGCUCUAUGCCGGCAGCAAGGCGGCUAUAGGGGGCUUUGCCCGCAGCUUCGCUGUCGAUUGUGGCCACAAGCAAAUCACUGUCAACGCCAUCGCCCCAGGCGGGGUCAAGACUGACAUGUACGACGAUAACGCGUGGCGUUAUUGGCCCGGUGCCAGCGCGUCAUCGUCCAUGGACGAAAUCGACCAGAAAGUCGCAAACUCUAGCCCUCUUAAGAGGCUUGCUGUCUCCCAGGACAUCGCGCGUGUGGUGGCAUUCUUGUCCAGCCCAGAUAGCGAAUGGGUUAAUGGUCAGGUUCUCCUUUGCACUGGAGGUUCCUACUGA